ACGAAAGAAAACCAGAAAACGGAGAAGAGAGAGAAAAAGGUUGAAAACUAUUUAUGAAAGCGAAAAAAGUCGUCCAAUAUUUUGGUGGCGAAUGUCAGUCGCGGACAGUCCCAGCAGCAGCAGCAGAACCAUCGGAACGAAAAAUCCGACAUCCGACGGAAUAAACGGUUCUCGUUGUUUGUGCAGUGUUGUUAUGUCACCGUGUUAAAAGUGUCGAGUGCGUGCCGUGUUGUGUGCGGAAUCUACGUUAGAGGGCGGGGGUGGUCAGUUGCAUUCCGGGGGCCAACCCGUGGCAAGAAAAAAAGGAAAAGAGAAAAAACAGCCGGAAGUGUUCCGUGUGAAAGUUGCCACGAAUCGUCCGGCAGCAGCGCAAGGUGUGACGUGACAUUCCGGAACGUUCCCGGUGCCCGCCCUCACCUGGCCAAAAACUGCAUCGCGCUGCAAAAGGAAGAAGGGAAACACACAAAAAUUGCCAGCGAACCAAACUAGUGGCAGCAGCAGAAAGUCGGGAAAAGUAGGCCACACAAACCAUUUUCACCCUCCCUUGCAGCAGCAGCAAGGCAAUCGGAGAGCUUGAUCGCAGCAGGCCGUCGAGCGCGGGGAUCGCCCAUUCAGAAUACACGACCAUGACGUCGGUGCAGCAAAGCCAGGAGGACCUGGAGGCGCGCAUCGCCCGCAUCAAGAAGCGCAACGAAGAGAUCGAGAAGAAGCACCGCGAGGCGGAAGCGGACCGCCUGAUGGCGAUGAAGGAGAACGCCAUGGUCGAGAUCAAACCGCCCAAGGACGAGGACUGGCCGCGGGAGCACAAGUACGACAAGAUCGAUUUCACCUACGACUUGGACGCGGACGCCCUGGCGGAACUCGAAGAGAAAAAGAAAGAGAAAAACGCCUUCAUUCAGAAGAUUGCGAAAGAUUACAAGGUGUUUGCCGAAGGCGAGGGACCGCCCCCGGAUCCGGCGUACAGCUUUCUGGCGGAUGUCGAGCGGGACGGCGAAAAGGCCCAGUCGGCGUUGGCGGCGGCGUCGUCGGCGAUGACUCCGGGAAUGCCCGGAAGCGUCCCCAACCGAGGCGGCAAAAAUCAGUUUGACCGGAAGACUCCGAUGAAUCGAAGUGGUCGACUGGGCAACAACGGCGUCGGGCUCAACGGAAGCGGCGGAAGUGGUCGCGGACGGGGUAAACCUGGCGGUGGUGGUUACAGCGGAGGAGGUGGUCUUCAGCGGUCACUGUCGACGAACGAGCACGAUGGGGGACGGCGGGGAGGACCGGCGCCGCCACCGAACGGGGAUUAUAUUCGGCAUAAUCGAGGAGGAGGAGGAGGUCAGGGUGAGGGUGGCAAGUGGAGACGCGAUUGGGAGCACGAUCGGAGCAAAGACGAUGGUUGUAUCAACAGUCAGAGCAGCAAUGGGUUGUUGAGGGGUGGAGAUCCGCAGCAGCAACAGCAGCAGCAGCAAGGAUUGACCGUGUCGGUGUCGCAGGAUGGGGAGUUUAAGAGUGUGAAAGUAACGGCUCCCCCCGUUUGGGGCAGUGGUCGGGUUGGCCCUCGCCAACCGGCGAAACCACAGUUCCAGUUCCAAACUGGUCCCGGCGGCUACAACCAGCAGCAGCAGCAUCCCCAUCACCAACAGCCACCACACCACCAUCGCGGUGGGGCCGGCCCCAACAACGAGAACCACUUUAACCGGAACACUUCCGGGCGCAAAUCGGACAAGGACGUCAACGGGGGCAAACAACAACGUGGUGGUCCACAGCAGCAGCAGGGUCCCGCCGGAAGCGUUCAGGAUCGGCUGAACCGGAAUCGGGUUGGGACGAGUAAUGGGGGCGGAUCGUCGGAGCAGCUCAAGUCGAAUCCGUCGCUCAAGACGAUUUCGAAGAUUAUCGAGAAGAACGCCGAAAUUGACGAGCGGUUGGCCCGGCAAAUGUUCCAGGAGAACGAGAAGAUGGCCAGCCGCAUGAAGGAGCUGAGGAUGCAGGACGGGGCUUAGAGAGGGGGAGCUGCUUCGCACAGUAACAGUAACUAACCCAGAGCAGCAGCAAAAUGUAGUGCACGCAAAUAUUAUUCACAGAAAAAAUCACACAGAAACUCACGUAAAAAAUAGUGAAGAUAACUUAACUUCCCACGCUCCUAACGAUACUUGCAUGCCUCUUAGGAAGAAGAAGUCGAAGAAGUUUGCAGCGCAGCGCAACGCUAAAAUUCAUAUUUAUAUUACUAGGUAAUAUUAGUGAGGAGAAAAGUUUAAGCAGAAGGCAGCUUUUCAAAAUUAAAAAGUAUCGUCAAAAAAUGUCCUCCUCUUCUUGCUCGAGCAAGGCAAUAUUGUGGAUUUCCAGGAAAAAAACUAAACUUGACGAGAGGAUCUUGAAUCACACUUCACAUGAAAUAACACGUAACAAAACUCAAAGAAAAAAAAAUUACAUUCACAUUGACACACAUUGAGAUUGCGAUCCUCGGAAAGCUGGACGAGGUGGCGCGAGCAGGUCGACGCGUCGCCGAAUUAAGGAGAAGAAAAUAAAACAGUUUUAUUCGAUGAACCCUUAUUUAUUUAUAUAUAAUAUUAAACAAAAAACAAGUAAAAAACAUCAUAUUAUUAAAAACCAUAUUCUUUUACCCCUUAUUUUAAUCGCAUCGGAACGAAUUUCUGCAUAUUUAAUUAUUUUCAAAACGGCUAAAAGCAAAAAAAAAAAAAGUAUGCAUGUUAUGAUUUUACCUUAUUACU